GAGACAGUUAACAGAUGAUUUGUUAACUCAAGAAAACUUGUCGUGUACAAAAAAUUACAAAUCAAAAUAAAUAAAUAAGCUCAUAAAUGCAAUUUCUAUGGAUAAGUGAAGUAUUAACCUAGAUCGUUUGAUAAAGUAAACACACAGCUUGGAAUUAUGGAAGAAAAGUAUAUAUUGACUCUUGAUAUUGGCACGACUACAAUUCGCUCUUUUAUUUAUAAUUCAAGAGCUGAAGUAGUUGGUAAAGCAACUGACCAGGUGAUACUUCACUAUCCACAGCCAGGUUUUGUUGAAAUAGAUCCUGACGAAUUGUGGUCUGCAGUUGUUAGUGUAGUGAAAAAAUCCCUGCAAGAUGCAAGUCUCUCGGCGGGGCAGAUGUCUGCUAUGGGUAUUUCGACCCAACGGAGUACGUUCAUCACCUGGUCCCGAACUAGUGGGAAGCCGUUCCAUAGAUUUAUCACGUGGAAAGAUAUGAGAGCGGACAGAUUAGUUCGGCAAUGGAAUGAUUCCUAUACUUGGAAGCUCAUCAAAGCUGGUGCAUACGCUUUAUAUCUAGUGACAAGAAGUAAAAGAUUCAGAGCUGGAAGUGCUCUAAGAUUUAUGAAUUCUCAGACUACGUUAAGACUGCACUGGGCCGUGAACAACGUACCAGAGUUAAAGACGGCCAUAGAUGAAGGAGACGCUAUGUUUGGGACACUGGACUGUUGGCUAUUGUAUAAACUAACAGGUAACAAAAUCCACAUGACGGACGUAUCAUCGGCAUCAGCUACUGGCUUCUACGACCCGUUCACGAUGCAAUGGGCCGGUUGGGCCAUGACGCUGUUCAAAAUACCAGAAGAAGCGCUGCCAAUGGUAGUGGACACCGCUGGUGAUCACUUCAUCAGCACUUCUCCUGCUAUAUGGGGCCAUCCGAUACCCAUACGGAGCUCGAUGGCAGACCAAACAGCAUCCAUGUGGGGUUCAUGUUGCUUCGAAGUUGGUGACGUCAAACUGACCAUGGGAACUGGCACAUUCUUCGACAUCAAUACGGGGUCGCAUCCCCAUGCUAGCGUAUCUGGCCUGUACCCCGUAGUGGGAUGGCAGAUAGGCAAGGAGCUGGUGUACUCGGCUGAAGGAGCCAACAGCGAUACCGCGUCGAUCAUCAAGUGGGCGCAGGCUUUAGGUUUAUUCGAAAAUCCAGAAGAUACGGCGGCAAUUGCUCAAUCAGUUCCAGAUUCAGAUGGAGUUUACUUCAUUCCAGCAUUCAGCGGUUUGGGACCCCCAUACAACGACGGGACCGCCGCCUCAGGGUUCGUGGGCAUGAAAGCUUCAACCACUCGAGCGCACCUGGUUCGAGCGGUGCUAGAAUCGCUCGCGUUUCGCACUGCGCAGCUUUAUGACUGCGUGCGCAAUGAGACUGACUUCGAUUUUCACAGUAUAAGACUGGACGGAGGCGUGUCUAACAACGACUUCGUGGCUCAAUUAGUGGCUGACCUGACCGGACUGAGGGUGGAGCGGCCAGUCAAUGUGGAGAUGUCUUCGCUAGGAUGUGCUCACAUUGUGGGGCUACAGUUAGGUAUCUGGAAAUCCAAAGAAGAGCUCAUAACCCUCAGAAAGGUAGGUUCGGUCAUGAAACCUCGCCGCGAAUCCCGCCGAAACUACCAGGCGCACAUAGCUCGCUGGGAGGACGCCGCUCGCCGAAUGUGCGGUUGGUACUCUCGCAAACCUUCCCUCCCCGAUGACGUCACACCUUCCAGUAAGGGUGGGAACAGAAGAAACGGCCGAGCGUCAAAAUAGCAAUGGCUUUUCUGCGCGAUCGUGGUGACUAUCGCGUGCCUACCGGUAUACAGGUGAUAUAAACUGCGUAGGGGCGCUAGGGUGUGCCCCCACCUUUAUAAUUGGUUGAUCGGUUAAAACUUUAAGUCGGUUGCGGAUGUUUGCAGGAAUUCUGAUUUUGUUUGUUUUCUUGUUGGCAACACUGAGUUGUUGUAAUUGAGAUAAAUAUAAAUAGAAUUUCAGUUGAAAACUUGAAACGGUUGUUUUGCACAAUUCUUAAAAUAACAUUGUAACUAUACUUUUUGUUUGUUGUAACAAAAAUAAUAAGAAGGCCUUUCUUCUGGUUUUGUAGUCCGUCCAAAUGUUAACAAAACAUAGUAGGUUACGUUGCAGAAUAUAUUUAUAAUAUUGACGUUAAUUCAUAUUGUUUAUAAUAUCACUGGCAACAUUCGAUAACAUUGUGUAUGUUACUGCCAACAUUAGAAUUUCUGCAAACAGCGUUUAGAAUUUUUAUACGAAAUGUUUUUAUGGUAAUGACAGCAAUCAGAUUUUAUGCAAUAAAUAAUUUUAUAGCUGUAGUUUAGCAAAUUGGUUUCACUAAGGAAUAAUUAUUGUAAUUAUUUAGUAGAAAUAUCUGAUUGUUUAUGGUUAGUAGAUGAAUUAUAUUAGAGUUUUUACUGUACAUUCUAUAGUGCAAUAAGUAUUAUAAUGCCUUGUAUCCAUGACCAUAAUAAUUAUUGUAAUAAGCGAUUCCUUUCUUAUCUUGCCAUAUUUUUAUGUCUUGUUCAUUUUAGUUGUUAUUCUCUGUGUAUACUAUACAUACGCCAUUAAGAGGCAAAAGCAAGCACAUGUCAUUUUUUGUAGGAAUACUUAAAAUAUUUUAAAUUCUGUUCUAAGAAUGUUAAUAUUUUCCUUACAACAAUAAUAAUAUUCAAUAGUACUGGUUCACACGCCUAUAACUCAUUCAUAUAGGUAGGUGGAUAGGUCAGAUAAUGUCAAAAUUGUCAUUUUGACAUUUAAUGUCAGGUCUGACCAUAGACACUCAAUUUGGAAUAUCAUGUCAUGUAUAAAUCAAUAGUUUUACUACUACCAUUUGGUUGACUGAGAGAAUGCCAGGCAUUGAGCCUGCCAUUUGUACAAAUAUUUGGUGCAAUAAUGAAUAAAUGACUACAUAACAGUAGCAUAGACUAGUAGACUAUCAGUAUUGUCAGUAUGUCUGCUGUUUAGGACAGAUUCAGCCUUUGUUUAAUUUCAGGAAAUUAAUCCUAGGGCUUCGGUCUCCUAUUUAAUGCUAUACGUGACGUACGACGAGCGAGUCAAAGGUUACACCAACGUCAACGUCUGAAGGAGACUACAACAGUACAUUUCUAUAGUAAGCAUUGUUGUGACGCGGCCUACAGGGUGACGCUGUACUGUGUUUUGACUUGACUGUGUAUUUUGACAGUCAAUCUCGCUGACGUUCAGAAGUCGUUCCAUUGAAAAACAGUUCUAAAUCCGUAUUCACAAGGCUCAUUUUGAUAGAACGAUUGAGUAAUCGACCCUGAUCAAUCGAGUUGCAACUCAGCAUUUGUUGUCUUGAAGUUUUGUUACGUCGUCCCAUCGAAAAACAGUUCUAAAUCCGUAUUCACAAGGGUCAUUUUGAUAGAACGAUUACUCGAUAGGAUCGCAACUCAGUGUUUUGUUGUCGUUAAAGUUUUGUUACGUGAAUAAGGCUACUGGCCUAAGGUGUUUAUAGGAGACCGUAGCCUAACAGACUUUGUACUCUUAUGUAGGGUGAGUAAAGUGACGCUGACUAUUCUGUCAAAAAAAGUGUAUAUAGACGGCCUUGCACUUCUGACAGGAAAAUCUUGAAACAAUCGGCUAUAAUGAAUGCGUGUUAAUUUGUGAACACAUAAUUUAAUAGACAAUUGUAUCUUAAAGGCAUAGAUUGCAUACUAAAAUCGAUGCGCACAGCUGCUACUAUAGUCUGGUCUGUGAGCACGUAGAAUUUUGUCCAAUGACCCCAAGCUACCCAUCCUUAUCGCUCGCGCGUAAUUAUGUUGCUGUCGCGCUCGCACACUCACUGCGGGCGCCCGUCGCACAGUCGCGACAGCAUGGGGUCAUUGGACAAAAUUCUACGUGCUCACAGACCGGGCUUUAGCUGAUUCAAUAGAUAAAUAAAUAUGUCGGACUUGUUUAAGAUGAUAGGGAUGUAGUUCUAAUUCAUUAUUAUUGCCUUAAAUUAGUAAGUUAUCUCUGUUACUUGUGUUUUUUGUUAUGUCUAGCGAUUUUUUUUAUAAUAAUAUAAUCGUAUGUACUAGUUAGUACUUAUCAGUGUUUAGGUUUCAUAUUAUAAAAUGACAUUGUAAAGUAAUUCGCAGCUCUUAUGUAUCAUAGUUAAUUUAAAUAUUUUCAUAGAGCAGCUCAAAGUAGUAAGACUGGAUGGAUACAGACAGACAAUUGUGAUAUUAUUGUUAGGAUACUCCGUGUAAACAUUUAAUGAAUGACAGAGAAUUUUCGCAAUAAUAGGUUGUGAGUCUUUGAACGUAAAACACAUAAUCGUUGGUUGGUAUAAAAAUACUGUGAUUGUAAUAGAGUCAGUGAUAUGCCAUUUAAAACCACACUUUGAUUGGUUGUUACUGGACAAAUGUCAUGAGCAACAGUUGCGAUAUUACAGAAAUACAUAGUUUGAAGCUCUGCUGUUAUAUUAUCUUCUUUCUUAUUAAUUCUCGUCCUAAUAAAGAUAACUUUUUUCCUUGAUUUUCUUCACCUUAUUUUAUGUUAAUUUUAAAAAUAUUUGAUUUCUUUAAUUUCUUUAUUGCUUGUGCUUUAAAUGGCAAUCCUGGCUCUAAAGAAAAAUCUUGUAAAGGUGGGUGGGCGUAUGACACAUAUCAGACUCAGUUGGUGGAGUUUUCAUCUUAGUUGACAUUUUAAAUCAUCACAUACCGUUCAGUAAAUAGUGCUAUCCCAUAAUACUCAAGUUAUCGGAUUCAUAAGAUAUUAAAAUGCAUUGUUAUUUGUGCUCAAUGAACCAUGCUGUUUUUUUUACAUAAAGCGAUUACUGAUAUUGAUCAUGAGUCGUCAACAAUAAGCUUAUAAUGUGCUUUCGAGGUUGAAGCCUAUAAGGCUUUGUUUGUCUUUGACUAUCAAGUUUGCCGUAUUUUGCUGACUCAUCACUCACACUUUAUUUUAAUUCGUUAAAACAUUCUUUUAAAUAUUUCAUGAUUAAUGAAUCGCCAGGUAAAUGUGCAAUAUAACAUUCAGACUGUAUAGUAAAAUUGUUAAGACAUAGCUGACAAUAUUAUUUAAAUUAAUUAUGUAUAUAGAUAAGUGACAUUUUUUACCUUUGGCUCAAUGUGGCUCAUGAGUGUUAGAUAUAAUGUAGUCUCGUUGGGUUUUUAUUUACUGACUUUUAGCCAAUUUAUUUUGUUUUAUUUUUAUUAUUUUGUAGAAAUGGUCUUGUGGCGUCUAUUGUUAUUAGCCGGAUAUUGUGUAUCAUGAAAAUACAUGUAAUUACCACCAUUUA